GGAGACAGAUGUCAGAUAUUUCUGAGCUUGUUGAUGACUGUUCCUCCUCUAACACACUGUAUGUAGUCUGUCUGUAUUCUAACCCAACUGUCUGUCUGUCUGUCUGUCUGUGUGUGCGUGUGUGUGCCUGUCUGUCUGUCCUCAGGUGUGUUGUGGAACCUGUCGUCAUGUGAUGCCCUGAAGAUGCCAAUCAUCCAGGAUGCCUUGGCCGUUCUGACCAAUAGUGUCAUCAUCCCUAACUCCUCCUCCUGGGACUCCUCCCACAAUCUCCAUGACGACCGCAAGCAACACACACACACUUCCCAGGUGCUUCGCAACGCCACUGGCUGUCUCAGGAAUGUGAGUUCUGCAGGAGAGGAGGCCAGGAGGAGGAUGAGAGAGUGUGAUGGACUGACAGACGCUCUCCUCUACGUCAUACAGAGCGCUUUGGGCAGCAACGACAUUGACAGCAAGACCAUAGAGAACUGUGUGUGUAUCCUGCGUAACCUGUCCUACCGACUGGCAGCGGAGACGUCUCAGGGCCAACAGCUGGGUUCAGAGGAGCUAGACGGUCUCCUGUGUGACGCCAACGGACGUGACGGAGAGACCUCAGGUUGCUGGGGCAAGAAGAAGAAGAAGAAGAAGGGACAGGACCAGUGGGACGGUGUAGGUCCUCUCCCAGACUCAGCUGACCCUCCUAAAGGAGUCCAGAUGUUAUGGCAUCCGUCCAUAGUGAAGCCCUACCUCACCCUGCUGUCAGAGUGCUCUAACCCUGAUACACUGGAGGGAGCAGCUGGAGCCCUGCAGAAUCUGGCUGCAGGCACCUGGAAGUGGUCAGUGUAUAUCCGGGCAGCUGUGCGUAAGGAGAAGGGUCUUCCUAUCCUGGUGGAAUUGUUGAGGAUAGACAAUGACCGUGUGGUGUGUGCCGUCGCCACCGCGCUCAGGAAUAUGGCCCUGGACGUCAGAAACAAAGAACUGAUAGGUAAAUACGCCAUGCGUGACCUUGUCCACCGGUUACCGGGCAGCAGCAAUAGCAGUACUGGGGGCAGCGGUGGGACUAACUGCGGUUCCGCGGGUCCACUAGCACCCAGUAAGACCAUGUCAGACGAUACGGUAACAGCUAUCUGCUGCGCUCUGCAUGAGGUCAUCACUAAGAACAUGGAGAACGCCAAAGCACUGAGAGACGCCGGUGGGAUAGAGAAGCUCAUCGGCAUCGCACGUAGCAAAGGAGACAAACACUCACCCAAGGUGGUGAAGGCAGCCUCUCAGGUGCUCAGCAGUUUGUGGCAGUACAGAGACCUACGCAGCCUCUACAAGAAGGAUGGAUACUCUCAGUAUCACUUUGUCGGUUCUGCCUCUACGAUAGAGAGAGACAGACAGAGACCCUACUCCUCCUCUCGCACUCCUUCUGUGUCCCCCGUACGAACCUCACCCAACAACCGCUCAGUUAGCGCACCGGCCUCUCCCAGAGAGAUGAGGAGUAUGAAAGAACGCAAGACCGAAUACGACUCCACAGCAACCAACGCAGGUUUCCACGACAACAAAGGAGAGCACACCUCCCGAAAAGACACCAUGGCAGUCAGAAUCUCCUGUGGAACAUCCACAUUGUUCCGGAACUCUUAUGUUACAACUAAUGACGAGAUCGAACACAACCAGAUCCCUCCCCAGCCCAUGGCCCCUCAGGCAGACUGCUCCUCUACACCCCUAAAAGACUAUGACACGUUCCCUCCAUCCCUCCCUCCCUCCUUCCCCCCUCCGCAGAACCCUGGCCGCAUGCUGGAUGACUCCUUCUGCGAGCUUCCAGAUCAGCCCCUCCCCCAGCCCCCGUCUCAGGCCGCCACAGACCUCCGGAUGCACCUUGGCCUUAAGUCCACUGGCAACUAUGUGGACUUCUACUCUGCAUCCCGGCCCUACUCCGAACUCAACUACGAGACCAGCCACUACCCGGCUUCACCUGACUCCUGGGUCUAAAGACAGGAGUCACAACUUAACAUGGGUCCUGGAGAGAUACAGGCUGGUGUAGGGUUUAGCUCCAGCCCAACACUAACAAACAGCACACCUGCAAGAUGUAAUGAACCAUUGAUUUGAGGAUAUUAGGUUUAUUAGUGCUGGGCUGGAACAAAAUCCUGCAUAGUCCCGUAGCUCUCCAGGAUUGAGAGUGAAGAACACUGGUGUAGAGUAAAUAGGGGGUCCGAGGUUAAUGUUAGUAACCAACGGCAAACAGGGAUUGAAGGGGGUUAGGGGGUGCUAGGGGGUUGUGAGGGGAUGAGGUGUGAAGAGAGACUGCGCAUGUGCAUGAAUACCACAAGACAUUUUGCCGCCAGUUCAGUUUGUUCAAAGCUUGUUCCACUGGGAAAGGGAGUGGGAUAGAUGUGUCAGAGUGAGAGAGUGAGAGUGAGAGAGUGAGAGAGAGAGAGAGAGAGAGAGAGAGAGAGAGAGAGAGAGAGAGAGAGAGAGAGAGAGAGAAAAGUCCUUGAUAGAAGAAAAGAAAAAAACAACAACUGAAUGAUGACGGAAGGCUUUUACCUCUGGGAGUUGCUUUGCUUGACUUUCAGAAAGAAGAAGGGGAAUGGAGUGGAGUGGAGUGGAGAAAUGGAAGAGAGGAAGAGUUGUGAGUGUUUUUUGGCAAGUCGGAUGAAAAGUAACAGACCAGAGAAGGGACAGAGAAGAUGAGAGGAAAACACCAAGCACAAGACAGGACAGGAUGUUUACAGGAAAAACAAGGGUGCAGCUUUCCACACGUUCAUUACAUUGACUUCUGACUUCUGUCAAUCAAAGCUUCUACCUUUCUAUGGAGUGUUGUCUGUUGAAGAAGAAUCUUCCAGCCUUUUAGGUUUUUAUUUUCACGUCUUUUUUAUUUGUACUUUUUGAAGUUGUGGAUGUACAGUAUUUUGGUGUACAGUGACAGUACAGUACAGUACAGUACAGUGACAGUACAGUACAGUACAGUA